AUGAGUGGGGCCUGUAGUCGGGCUCCCCGGAGCCUCCGCAGGUCAGGACACGAGUCAGACACCUCUGCUCCCCAAGAACCCCACGUUCCUGCCACUCAGGGCUGCGGGCAGGGUGUCCUGGCCAAAGCCUCCAUCCAGGCCCCCCUCGUCUUCCCCUUGGCCACCUGCUGCAAAGGCACCAUCGCCACUGCCCCGUCCGUGACACUGGGCUGCCUGGUCACGGGCUACUUCCCGAUGCCGGUGACCGUGACCUGGGAUGCAGGGUCCCUGAACAAGAGCGUCGUGACCCUCCCCGCCACCCUCCAGGAGACCUCUGGCCUCUACACCACCACCAGCCACGUGACCGUCUGGGGCGAGUGGGCCAAACAGAAGUUCACCUGCAGUGUGGCUCACGCGGAGUCCCCCACCAUCAACAAGACCGUCAGCGCGUGUGCCAUGAACUUCAUUCCCCCCACCGUGAAGCUCUUCCACUCCUCGUGUGACCCCCUCGGUGACACCCGUAGCACCAUCCAGCUCCUGUGCCUCAUCUCCGGCUACGUCCCAGGUGACAUGGAGGUCACCCGGCUGGUGGAUGGGCAGAAGGCCACGAACAUGUUCCCGUACGCUGCCCCCGGCAGGCAGGAGGGCAAGGUGACCUCCACCCACAGCGAGCUCAACAUCACGCAGGGCAAUCAGGUGCUUUUGCUUUUCUGUACGGCACAAAGACUUCUUUUAAUAAAUAGAUUUUGUUUUUUAAUGAGCCCAGGAAGGCCUGAGAGGGGCUCAGGGCAGGCACGGGAUCCGGCGCCCGGGCGCUUUAGCUGCAGAGCUGACCCAGAAGAUGUGAGGCCUGGAGGGCAGACGGCAGGCCACGACGAGGACUCCGGGCUGAGGGGCACGGGCAGCGGGUGGCAGAGGCCUGCUGUGUUCAAGAAAGGUCCCGCUGGCCCAGGGCAGAUUCAGGCUGGGACAACAGGGCAGUGGGCUCAGGGCCUCAGCAGAGGCCCGUUGGGAGCAGGGGCCACCGGUCAGAGCUCAGACGGAUGGCUCGGUCAGGCCGAGCACCCACAGGAAGCCCGAGUGGGGACCCAGGGGCUGGGCCCAGGAGACUCUAAUCCAGCAGGAGGUCACCCAGCACCGACCGGGCCCAUGGGGCCAGCACCUGCGGCCGCAGAAACACGAGGCCCUGGGGCGGCGGAGAGCUACGCCGGGCGGCCGGUCUGCAGACUUCCUGGAGGGCCACCCCAAGCCCGCGCACCUGAUACCCUGCCCGGACCCUCCCAGGAGCGAGACCCUUGUGGUCACACGGCCUCCUCUCUUGCAGCCUCCACCACGCCCCCAUCGGUGUUCCCACUGGCCCCCAGCUGCGAGACCACAUCUGGCUCCACCGUGGCCCUGGCCUGCCUGGUGUUAGGCUACUUCCCUGAGCCCGUGACCGUGUCCUGGAACUCUGGCGCCCUGACCAGCGGUGUGCACACCUUCCCGUCCGUCCUGCAGGCCUCGGGGCUCUACUCUCUCAGCAGCAUGGUGACAGUGCCCUCCAGCAGGUGGCUCAGUGAGACCUUCACCUGCAACGUGGCCCACCCGCCCAGCGGCACCAAGGUGGACAAGACCGUACCCAAUAUAGCAACCACAAUAGAGGCCAAAUCCCGGGAAGGUCCCAAAUGCCCAGUUCCUGAGAUUCCUGGAGCACCGUCCGUCUUCAUCUUCCCCCCAAAACCCAAGGACACCCUCUCGAUUUCCCGGACGCCCGAGGUCACGUGCUUGGUGGUGGACUUGGGCCCAGAUGACUCCAAUGUCCAGAUCACAUGGUUUGUGGAUAACACCGAGAUGCACACAGCCAAGACGAGGCCGCGUGAGGAGCAGUUCAACAGCACCUUCCGUGUGGUCAGUGUCCUCCCCAUCCUGCACCAGGACUGGCUCAAGGGGAAGGAGUUCAAGUGCAAGGUCCACAGCAAAGUCCUCCCCUCCCCCAUCGAGAGGACCAUCUCCAAGGCCAAAGGACAGCCCCACGAGCCCCAGGUGUACGUCCUGCCUCCAACCCAGGAGGAGCUCAGCAGGAACAAAGUCAGUGUGACCUGCCUGAUCGAAGGCUUCUACCCGCCUGACAUUGCCGUCGAGUGGGAGAUCACCGGACAGGAAGAGCCAGAAGACAACUACCAGACGACCCCGCCCCAGCUGGACAGCGACGGGACCUACUUCCUGUACAGCAGGCUCUUGGUGGACAAGUCCCGCUGGCAGAGGGGAAACACCUACACCUGCUCGGUGUCACACGAAGCUCUGCACAGCCACCACACACAGAAAUCCCUCACCCAGUCUCCGGGUAAAUGAGCAGCGCGCCCGGCCCCCCAGCAGGCCCCUGCGGGCUCUGAGCGCCCACCCCUGUGUACAUCACCCCCCGGGCAGGCACCCUGCGUGAAAUAAAGCACCCAGCACUGCCCUGGGACCUGUGA